CACACGCACGUCGCACGACCUCUCCUUGUGUCCAAGAUCCCUAGAUACUCAAGUCACGCUUCACAUACCUCCAUUAUUCAUCUCUACAUUUAUUUUGUCUUUCAAAAUGGUUUGUCAACUCUCUGGAUUAUUUUUGCUUUUAUUGGAUUCAUCGAUAAUCUGUGGCCAAACAACAGAAAAAAACAGUGUAGCACUUGAAGGUCAAACAACACAGAAGAACAUUGUAGCAUUUGAAGACAGUAAUGCCACACAUGAGGACCAAGAGGAUUUUCAGGAUCAAGAACUUUACCAUCACUAUGUUCACUGUAAUGAUGAAAUCUUGAUGGAGUAUGGAGGGUAUUGCAGAGUCAACUUCAAUGCGAACAUGACUGAACUCGGAGUGGAUAACUGGUGUAAUGUGGAGAUGAUCGUGAGAAGUUACCACGAGUUAACCAAGUGUUUGGAGACGAUGUCCAUGUUCGCUGAGUGUUUUUACCCCAAUCGAGUGGUGGAGGGGCUGUUCGUGGCGAUACAUCAGCAAUACUUUCACUCGUGCAAUGAUGAAGAUGAAUUACCCGACGCUCCGGCCGAAGUGGUGCUCGCUGCAACCCUGUUGCCCAUCAUCAUCAUUCCCUUCAUAGUGUACAUCGUGGUCUGGAAGAGCAGUUUAAGAGACUAACGGUUAGUGCAUGAAGCCUCAGCAUCCUUUGACUGUUUGUGUUGUAGAUGAAGGGUCAAAGUGAAACUGGGUGUAAGUUCAUGUUCUUCACAUCAUGUAAGUAUUGCAGCGUAGUCUACACAAACUCAGUUAGCUGGAAUUAUUCACACACUAAUGAUUGUGGCAGAAUGGAUACAACAAAAACAGGAAGGGUUGUUCACGAUCUAGCCGUAGAUAUGCCUUACAAAAAAUAAGUACACAAAAACGUAUACUUAUAUUUAUAUAGUAUAUUUUUUGUAGUACAUACUUGUACUUGUAUUUAGUAAAUCCAUCUCUUUAGAUUUUAAUUAGGUCAAAAAUACUUUAUAAAAGUGUACUUUUGGGUAGGCCUGCGUUAAGUGUAUCUGUAGUAAACAUUGAGAAAAGAGUUAACUUACUUUCUUAUUUGCAGUUUACUAAUAGGACACUUGAUAUAAUAUUUUUUUUACUUUAAAAGGACAAGUAUUUUUUAUAAUAAAUGAAUCAAUGAAAUAAAGUAAAAAAUAAUGAACACAUUUAUGAAUUCAAACAAUUAUGACUUUUAUUUAUAAAAUUAAUUUGACAUAAUAUAUAUAGAAAUAGUGAAAUAAUUUACAAGAUUAGAAUGUGAAAUAGAAUAAUAAGAAAUAAUAAAAAAUCGCCCCAAGUUCUGGUUUAUGUUUUACUAUGUUCUAUCCAAAUUUUAACAUCAUUUACUAAAUGUUUUACACACAUCCUGCUAGACUUUAUUCUGUGUGCAGUUAUUUAUUAAGUAUAUGAUGUUUAAUGUCUUAAAGGUCUGAAUGAUGUGGUCUGGUACACAUGUUGUUUUGUAAGUAGUUUGUGUAAUUGUUCAUAAAAGAGAUUUGUUGGCUUUCAACACUUUCUUUGACAUGCAAACCACAGACGAAUGCCAGCACACAAAUGUAUGUGUUAUGUUUAUGCUUUGGCUCUGUAAACAUUCUGCAAUGUUUGUCAUUAAAAUGUUAUAUUUU